AUGGCGGGUAGUCAUGUAAGGCGAAAGCGCCGCCAGAGGGCGGCGGCUGAGAGCGCCGCAGCUGAUCAACUUGGUGGCGACAGCAUCUUUGAUACACUUCUGCCGGAGCUUCUGGACUGCAUAUUGCGCCGCGCGGCGGGGCAGAGCUCGUUGGCCUGGAAACGCAUAUCCUUGGUUAACAGGGCCUUCCAAGAGUCUCUUAUGCGCUCCUCAGAAACGUUGGUGAUCCGCCGAGGGGGCCCGCUGACUAAGGGCCCGCUGAAGCUGCGACCGCUGCAGGGCGCUGAUGCAUGCGCUGCUCUUUCAAAGGAGAUUGACGCAAGGCCGAGGGUUUCGAAGCUGGUCUUGAAGGCGGACGCCAAGACUGUUGCCGCUCAUUCGCCCGCCAUCUUAGAGUUUGGACCCCGGUGGAUCUCGGUGGAGGUGGACGUUCCUGAGCCGCACUUCACGGGUGUCAUGGAGCUUCUUCCGAACCUGGAGAGCUCCAUGAGACGACUGACCAUCAGGGUUCGACAAAAGGUCACCGGUUACAUGUAUCAGGGCGGCAAGAGCAUCGCACACCUGGACAUAGGCGUCGUCGUGCGAGCUUUUCCGGACCUCAAGAGACUCAACAUCAAAGGAGCAUACCUUCUCCAAACACUGCGGCUCGAUGUGCGUCACAAUAUGACGCUCUCCAGUUCUCUGUUGGAGGAGGUCGCAGAGCAGUGCGUUUGCCUGCGGCAGCUUCUAGUUUUCGUCAGCCCGUGUGCCUCCUACGCUUCGAGGCCCUCUGCGAAACUUCCCAACUUUGCAGAGAAGUGCCCAGACCUAGAGCGCCUUGUAAUCAGUCAAGGCGGGACGGUUGCCAGCCCUGGGUUUGUGGAGCUGUUCCGCGAACACGGCCUAGCUGUGCCUUCGAAGUAUUCGAGCACGCAGCGAGACACCAAGAUUGUAAUCCUUGAAGACGGAGACACCGAACACGCGGGACGCUGCGGCAAGCGAUGCUCCGUGGCUAUUUUCACUUGCAUCAUCUCAAUCUGGGCAGACCCGGUCGAUAUCAACGAUCCUGCGACCCGCAAGCGCGCUGUCGGGAAGCCCGCAACGGUUAAGAAGUGGUGUGACGCGUUCUGUGAGACAGAAGGCCCUUAA